AUGAUGGAAAGAAUAAGAAAAGAGAUGAUUUUGAUGGAAAGGGGGCUGCACAGCCCCACGGCUGGCAAAAGGCUGGCGAAUCUGACCGAGGCGGCUGGGAACGCGGUCCUGGAGGCCCUGGAAAACUCGCCCCACGGCGGCCGGCUCAGCCCGAGACUAACUUCCGCUUCUCUGCACAGCUCCAUCGGGGACCUCCCCGCCGCUAAAGGCAAAUUCGAGAUCGACGCUUUAUUCAGCCUUCAGCACCAGAACAGCGAAAGCGCCGUAGCGGCAGAACUGCCUCCCGCCGAAAGCCGGAAGAAAAUUAGCCAUUACUCAGAAGUGGCUGGAGAGGUAGACAUGAACAGCGACGUGGAGGUAGGCUGCUCCGCGCUUCGCUCGCCGACCAGCCUGGCCUCCUCCCUGAAGGAAAGCAAUAACAAAGGCUAUUCGGAGAGCAGUUCGACUCCCAGCACCACCAGCUCGUCCUCAGGAUCCACACUGAGCAACUUGCACAGCGGAAGCAGCCUAAGCACUUCCAGCUCCGGGGCCGACCAAGUGAGGAGGUACCGCACCGCUUUCACCCGAGAGCAAAUCGCCCGGUUGGAAAAGGAAUUCUACCGCGAGAACUAUGUUUCCCGGCCUAGACGGUGUGAGCUGGCCGCGGCGCUCAACCUCCCCGAGACUACCAUAAAGGUGUGGUUCCAGAACCGGCGAAUGAAGGACAAGCGGCAGAGACUGGCCAUGUCCUGGCCCCACCCGGCGGACCCCAGCUUCUACACCUACAUGAUGACCCACGCGGCAGCCACGGGUAGCCUGCCUUACCCUUUCCAUUCCCACGUGCCCCUCCACUACUACCCGCACGUCGGAGUGACGGCGGCGGCAGCGGCGGCGGCGGCAGCCUCAGGAGCGGCCGCUUCGCCCUUCGCCACCUCCAUCCGCCCUCUGGACACUUUCCGAGCCCUCUCGCACCCUUAUUCCCGCCCGGAGCUGCUGUGCAGCUUCAGACACCCGGGCCUCUAUCAGUCGCCCGCUGCCGCGGCCGCCGCGGGGCUCAACAGCAGCGCGGCGGCUUCUGCGGCGGCCGCGGCAGCGGCUGCGGCGGCUGCAGCGGCCGCCUCUUCGGCCCCUCCCACCGGCUCCGCCCCUUGCUCCUGUCUCAGUUGCCACAGCAGCCAAUCGGCGGCAGCGGCGGCGGCCGCCUUGGGCUCACGCUCCUCCAGCUCGGAUUUUCCCUGCAGCGCGGCCGGAGCAGCGGCGGCCGCUUCGCAGCGCUCGGAGAGCAGCUUCCUGCCUUACUCGGCGGCCGUGCUCAGCAAGACCGCCGUCCCUUCCCCGGACCAGCGGGAGGAAGCUCCCUUGACCAGAUAA